AUGGAUCCCCACGUGGACAAAUCGAAACGCUACGUUUCUCCCAAAGACUUUGAUUUGCUCAAGGUCAUCGGCAUGGGUGCCUUUGGCAAAGUUUUGCAGGUCCGCAACCGUCAAACCAGCCAGGUAUUGGCCAUGAAGAUUAUUUCCAAACGUUUGUUACGACGUAAACAAGGUUACGUGGAAAACGUGCAGGCUGAACGCAAUAUUUUGACCAAAGUGCGGCAUCCCUUUGUUGUCACGAUGCACUGUAGCUUCCAAACCAAAGAAAAGCUCUUUAUCAUUAUGGAUUUUUUGGCCGGCGGGGAACUCUUUUUGCGGCUGGGAAGGGAAGGGAUCUUUUUGGAAAAAACUGCCGAAUUCUAUCUUGCAGAAAUUAUUCUCGCGCUUGACCACUUGCACGUUCUCGGGAUACUCCACCGUGAUCUCAAACCGGAGAACAUUCUCCUCGGAUCGGACGGACACGUAUGCUUGACCGAUUUUGGACUAGCGAAAGAUUUCGGGACGGAAGGCUUUGAUGAAGAAAGCUCCCGUGCCUUGACAGUUUGUGGAACGCAAGAGUACAUGGCGCCAGAAAUGGUCGCCCGGCAAGGCUAUAGUCGGGCUGCCGACUACUGGAGUUUGGGGUGCAUUGCGUACGAAAUGAUGUCGGGCUUGCCUCCCUUUCAGCGCAAACGCAAUGAGGGCUCCAAAGAUUUGUUUCGCAAGAUCAUGUCGGAAAAGGUGAAAAUGCCAGUCGGCUCAUCCUCGGCGGCUUGUAAGUUGCUCAAAGGACUGCUGAAUCGGAACGUGCAAGCCCGACUCGGUGCUGCAAAAAGUAGCAUGUUUGAAGUUGGAGGCGUCGCGGGGCUUAAAAAGGCAGACUUUUUCCAAUCCAUCGAGUGGAACAAAUUGGAGCGCAAGGAAGUCGAACCGCCGCAAACUCUGGCGGUGAAGAAUGACCAAGAUUUGAAGCACUUUCACGACGAGUUUACACAAAUGUCGUUG